CAGAUUUAACCCGACCGCUGCCGCUAGCCAGACAUCUUCAUUCCAUAAACCUUAGACAUCUUCGUUCUCUGUGAAGAUGGCUUCACGCAGACUCGUAUCGUCUCUGAUUCGAUCCUCAAUCUCUGCGUCAACUUCGAGGCUCACUUCUCAAUCCUGUGCCUCUCCUUGCGGCUACCUUGUUAACCGCGUAGCCGAUUACACUACUGAAGGUCUCGUUAGAGGGUGGCGUGUGCCCAACACUGGAUCCCCUAUCACUCAUGGUUCUAUGCUUGUCCCUCAUUUCCGAACUAGGUUUAUGUCUACCGAGACGACGAAUUCUAUUGAUUCUUCUUCUCAAGAUAGUUCUUCACUUGAAUCUGAUGUGCCUCGUCCCAUCAAAUUUAAAAGAUUAGAUAAAACUGCAAGGCACAUUAUGCAGAUUUUAGACAAGGAAGCAGUGGAGGAGGUGAAAGGACAACGAGAAAUGCCAGAUAUAAAACCUGGUUAUAUUGUGCAGCUCAAAGUGGAAGUGCCAGAGAACAAGAGGCGUGUUUCUAUUAUAAAAGGGAUUGUUAUUGCAAGGCGUAAUGCUGGACUCAAUACUACAUUCAGAAUUAGAAGGAUGGUAGCUGGGGUUGGGAUUGAGUCUUUAUUCCCGUUGUAUUCUCCUAAUAUAAAGGAGAUAAAGGUGCUGGACAAGAAGAAAGUGAGAAGAGCCAAGCUCUACUACCUGCGGGAUAAAAUGAAUGCACUUAGAUAACUACACUGAUACCAGGUCAGUGGCCUUAUGCGGGCUAGCCAUACUAGCAUCUGCCACCAUUUUGGUAAAUGUCUGAGCCAACACAAUAAGUUGAGAAGGAAACAAGCCUUUUUAGACAACUACCGGAAGUUCCCAAAUUUGCAGUAAAUGUUUCAAUUUUGUAUCAAACUUUUCCGCACUGAUGCUGCAUCUGUUCUGUUCAUGGCUUGUAGAAUCAUCAUUAGAUACUUGUCAUUUCUUCUGAAUAAUAUGAUGACAGGUGAAGGCGGUGCUGCAGGAUCUCUGAUCUAAGUUACUGUCAUGCUAAUUAUUAAUGGCUAUAAGUUGGCCUAUAUGUUGCCCAAGUUUGCUGGGACUCACCAUGAUUUUAGAUAAUAAUGGCUAUCGAUUAUCCGGUAAACCAGACAGAGGGGACAUGUUCCUAUAAUUAGUUUGGAUGAUGAAUGAUCGUUUAUCAUAAUGUAUUCUGAAAGUCUGUAUUAUGGUAAGAUACAAUACAAUCUGAAGCAAAACUUCCAUUUUUAAUUAAA